AUGUGCGGCGAGUGUAGUCUAGCAGAUGAACUGAUCGAGAAAGCAUGUAAAAUCAGAGGUUCCGCUUAUUACCUGAACGCAAUAUAUGUGUAUUAUGAGUCUAAGCUUAGUGAAGAUGAUUUGAACGAAUACAAUGUCAAACUCAAAAUUUCUCAAUGCCUAAAGGAAAACUUACACAUCGUACAAAUUGAUAACCCACUAUGUGUAUUGCACAAAAUUUAUGAGUUAACUAGGGAGAGAGAUCUUACUGAGAAACUGUUCAAAAAUCAAUCCAUUGACAUAUACCACGAAGGAAUAUGUUGCAUACUAUCCUAUCUGGAUGUACAUUCGCUAAUUUCAUUUUCUCUAUGCUCAAAAGAUAUAAAUAAAGGGGUUAAAAGUUACCUAACAAAAUCUCUGUACGAUCUGCCCUUCUAUCGCCUACCCAUCUCCUCCAACAUGAACUACUGGCUCAACUUCAUCGACUUCUUCUUCCACCAAGUAGGCGAUAUUAAGCCAAUUGAUCGCACUAAAUAUCCACUCACCGCUGAAAUGCUUAAGAGUAACAAUCAGCUAUUUCCAAUCACGGCAGAUGGAAUGGUGACACACAUUAACAUAACUAUCGAUCAUUUAAAACCCCAUUUUAUUGUAUACUGUAACCACACAAAUCCACAGGCACAUGCUUGUUCAUCUGAACUCAAAAUUGAGGGAUACAGUAAAGCUACCACGAAAGAUAUCUCUGUUUCAGAUUUCGUUACCGAGUACUCAACUAGAUUGGAGGUUAAAUCUAAUUGUCCAUUUAGUAAACUCAAGUUAUGUAUGUUACUUAAGCAGUGGCUAGAAUGUAUGAUAAUGGCAAUUGAGAAGGGGAAUGGUAUUUGCGAAAUAAAAUUAACAGAGUAUGUUGUCAACCCAAAACAUCAGCUAAUACACCGAGUGUGGGUCCAAAUAUUUUGUAAAUGGGGAAUUGAACCAAACGCUAAUGUAAAUGACACUAACGCAAAAUAUAACAAGGGGAAGGACCACGAUGCUGAAGCACAGCAUUCACUGUAUCUGACAAUUGCAGAUCAUUUCAAGUGGUCUUCAUAA